AGGCGCUGUGGACUCAAUCAGAUGGGGAGGUAAAAGGGGAGGGCAAACAGAAACAAGUUUGACAUAUUUAAGACAAAGACCACAGCAAUUGUGAGUCAAGUAGUUUCCAGCCACUGAAGAAGGAGCAUCUUUAUGUUACCACUUUAUAGCAGCAUAGGAAUUUGUUUUUGCACAUGGAAAAGAAAACAGAGACUCUGGGGCAUAAUCAGCUCCACUGACAACUCUGGAUAGUGGAGGGAAGAAGCAGCAGGAGACCAGGGCCACAGGAAGCCAAAAUACCACCAUACCACCACUAAAUAGAUAAGACUUUAGGGGGGAACCUCUAAAAACACACCAAAGGCGCUUCCAACCUCACGCAAGGAAAGGAGGGGAAAAGUGACUCUCUACUUCUAGAGAAGAAAUUGAGAGUUGAAGGAACAGAGUGACAAAUAAAGGGAAUUAGUUGAAGUGUGAGGGGAAAACGUGUGCGUCAAGGAUUGACUGGACAGAAGUGGUCUCGACAAGAAGUGAGAAAGCAGCACCAAUCUGGAGGACGAACAGCAAGAGGUCUACCGGGCCCCACAGCACAAUUUCACUAUGAGUAUGACAGGUACUCUAGAGAAAGGGGCCCAUCACCAGGCCUUGGACCUGUCCGAGGAGCUGCCACCUCAUCACCACCAUCACCAUAACAACCACCACCAGCAUCUUCACCACUCCAAUUCCCUGGCCUCAACCACUGCUGUGGGUGGAGGCAGAGAAACACCUUCACGUGUAGUUGUACCUCCUCCUUAUUCUGCAGCUGAGAGCGGUGGUGGGGGCAGUGAAGCUCCUCUGGAGCUGCGAGGGUCCCUGGACUGCUGGGCCUGCUCGGUGCUGGUGACAGCUCAGAACCUGAUUAUUGCUACGAUCAACGCCUGCCUUGCUGGACUGGUGUUCGGGACCAUCCUGACGCCAGCCAUCGUCAUGGUGUCGUUUGGCUUUCUCUGCCACUCUACAGUCCGCCCUCACGGGACGACCCCCUAUUGCUCAGACCUGCUGACUGACGGAGGCUGCGUGGCUCUGCUGGUGGUGGGCUUCCUCUUGGUCACCCCUCUGUUGGUCCUGGCGCUUGCUGCAUACUGCCGCCUAGCCCGACACCUCCAGCUGGGCCUGUGCUUCAUCCCAUACAGCCGGGCCGUGUACAAGAACCUGCCGGCCACCCAGCACCGUGGCCUGGGUACUGGCUGCUGCGGCGGCCGAGAUGGAGCCAGUGGUAGUGGGAAGGGAAAAGUCUGGGUCUGAAAGUGAAGAUGAAAAGUGGGGGUAGAGGGAGGUGGAGGUGAGGAAGACCAUUAAAUGAAGACUAUGAAGGGAACUGAACAAGAGAACAGGGUGGUGGGUUGUAUAGGAUGAUUAAAUAAGGCAGUGAAUGAAGGGACCAGCAAAGUGUGUACCAGAGAAGGGAGGAAGUUGUCAACGGAAAUUACUGUAACAACCAGCUGAACAUCCUGAAAGACAAGUUACAUUGUUAUAAAUACUGACUAAUGACUUACAGCCUAUGACUUAACAUCAGAGCAACAGUAUUGAUUGUACACAAGAAAAUGUUCAUAGUAUACUAAUGAAUUAUGGGGUUUUUUUUUGUAUUAUUCCACUGGACACCUUGGCUGUUACUUCUUGUAACUUUCCAAUUACAACAUGGCAUCUUUAAGUAUGGAGCAGAGGACAAACACAGCAUGCAUUAACUAGGAAAGAGCCAUUCCCAGGAUAAAUCAUAUAUAGAAGUCAAAUGUAUACUGUUUCAUGUAAACAAUUUUAGAAAAUGAAAACACCACAAUACUAAUAUGAAGAAUUACUAGUUAAUAAAUCAUGGCAAGAGUGACUAUGUAAAUCAGCAAUUAUUUUAAACAAUCAAAAGGAACCAAUCUGCAGUGGUUAAAGACGUGGCACAUUGGAUAUCCUCAAUUCAUUAUGAAAAAAUAAAACAUCUAAUCAAACCUGCAUACAACCUUAUCUUUCCUGAACAAAUCACAGGAAAUUGUAAAACUGAAAAUAGCACACUUCACAAAGAUUGGAUUAACACGAAACAUAAUUGUAUCGCAUCACAUUAUGUUAUGAAAAACAUUUGUCUACUGUAGUUUUCUGUUAUGUUGUUGCAAUUUAUUGUGUUAUUACCAUUUUAUAAAUAAAGUUUUUGGAUUUA